AUGGUACCCAGGCUCACCCAGCAGAUGUUCACUGACAAGAGCAUGAUGGCCACUUGUAACUGCCACCAGGGCCACUCCCUGACCAUGGCCUCUGUGUUCAGGGGCUGCAUUUCCAUGAAGGAGGUGGACGAACAGAUGCGUAAUGUCCACAACAAGAACAGCAGCUAUUUUGUUGCUGUCUGUGACAUCUUGCCCCCGGAGCUAAAAUUGCUUGCCCCCUUCAUCAGCAACACCACCGGCACGCAGAGCUGUUCCAGGGCACCCGGAGGUCUUCCUGCACCGGUGCCAGGCGAGGGCAUGGGCAACAUGAAGUUCACCGAGUACCAAGUCACCACAGCCAAGGAGGAGGCUGUGGCCUAG